AUGGUCAAGCGCGUGCUGGUUGGAUAUGGCAUCGAUGUCGAUGCGGUCAGUGGAUGGCUCAACACACGAGACGGCUCGCCGGCGAAUCCCACCGACGUGUCUCGCGGGGUAUUUGGCGCCACCAUUGGCAUCGACCGGCUGCUGAAGCUGUGGGACAAAUACGGCAUCAAGGCCACAUGGUUUGUGCCUGCACAUUCGAUCGAGAGCUUUCCGCAACAAUUGGCCAAAGUGCGAGACGCGGGGCAUGAGAUCGGCCUCCACGGCUACACACACGAAUUCGUAUCGACGCUCAGCGAACAACAGCAACGCGAUGUGCUGGCCAAGUCGAUCCAAGUAGUGAGCGCGUUCACAGGCAAACACCCCAAAGGGUGGACGGCGCCGGCGUGGACGACGUCGCGCGAGACGGUGCGGCUGCUGGAAGAGUUCGGGAUCGAGUACGACCACUCGUUCAUGCACCACGACUCGCAGCUGUACUACGUGCCGGACGGGCGCGAGGAAUGGACCGAGACCGACGUGGCUAAGUCGGCGGCCGAGUGGAUGAAGCCGAUGACGGCCAUCACGCCGUCCAAGGUGGUCGAGGUGCCGGCCAACUGGCACCUGGACGACUGGCCGCCGUUCCAACUGUCGCUGAAGCAGGCCUCCACCCACGGCUACAUCGACCCCUAUGUGAUCGAGCGGCUGUGGAAGGAUCAGUUCUCCUUCCUGUACCGCGAGUACGACACCUUUGUCUUUCCCAUGAGCAUCCAUCCGCAGGUCAGCGGGAAGCCGCAGGUCAUUCUGAUGCAUGAGCGCAUCAUCGAGUGGAUCAAUCAGCACGAGGGUGUCGAGUGGUGUACGAUGGAAACCAUGGUCAAGGAGUUCAAGGAGGGAAGGUUGGCGGGCGCCGAAGUAAGUGGAGGGAUAUAG